ACCAUAACUUCAAAUGAGGAACACUAGAGGAACACAGUUCGUGAAUCAGUGCCCGUCUUUAUAUUGACGAAAGACGAACAUAAAAGUUGUGUGCUAGUGUUGUGUUAUCACAAUCAAGUAUUGCAUUAUUAACGAUGUUUUCGUGAAGUGUUUUAGUGCAAUAAUAUAAGUUUUACAGUGAAAAGUUGGAACAAUAUUGCGGCAAAAUUUGUAGGUUAUGUUUGGUCGCUUUCACGCUGUUUCUGAGUAGAUAUUACGGUCAGCAAAAACAUAUGCCAACAUUUUUUUUACACGUAGGUAAUUAGAUGCGUGGUAUGGUGAGAAACAGCGGUAUCACCAAAGUCUGAUAGAUUUUAUCUAAGGUAGGCUUAGUUAGCUAGAAAGUUAGUCAUCCUGACAAAAAACUUGGGACCAAAUAUUGUGAUCUGUGAAUAAUAUCAGUGAAACAGUGUCUUAUAAAUAUUAACCAGGCCUUACGAACUUUUUAUUGGAUAAAGGCCUUAUGAACUUUUAUUAAAAAGAGGCCUAAGUUUUAUUGAGAAGAGGCCUUACGAACUUAUAUAGAAAAUAUGCUUACAUUUGAUUGAAAAAGGCCUUACAAACAAUUAUUGUAAAAGGCCUUAUGGACGUUUAGUUUAAAAGGAAUAACGGACGUUUAAUGAUAAGAGGCCUAAAUUUUUAUUGAAAACAGGCCUAACGAACUUUUAUUGAUUAAGGUCUUAUAAACUUUUAUUGAAACAAGGACACAACAAAAUUGAAAUGACGAAGAAGAGCUUAACGCAUACCAACCUAUUGAACCCAGCAGAACCCGAGGUUCCUAAAAUAAGUCUUGAAGGCGAAGUGUCAAGGAGAAGUUCUAUAGCAUGCAGCGUCAUAGACAAUUUGAGCAUGAGGGGUAGAAUCUACGACGUGAAACAAAACAGAUGGGUCAUCCUCUGUAUGUUUGUGAUUUACUCAGCUUCGAACUCUAUGCAGUGGACACAGUACACUAUAAUCCAGGAUAUUAUAGUGAAGUACUAUGGCGUCACCGGGAACGUAGUGUCGUGGACUUCGAUGGUUUAUAUGAUAACGUACGUGCCUUUAAUAUUCCCGGGAAGCUGGUUCCUGGAUAAAACGAAUCUUCGCGUGACCACCAUCAUCGGAUCCUUCGGGACCUGCCUAGGAGCAUGGCUGAAGGUGUUCUCAGUGCCCCAGGAUAUGUUCUGGCUGGGCUUCACCGGCCAGACCGUGGUGGCUGUGUCCCAGGUCUUCAUCCUCAACGUGCCUCCGAGGCUGGCAGCUGUGUGGUUCGGAGCCGAUCAGGUGUCCUCAGCUUGCAGUAUUGGCGUGUUUGGGAAUCAGCUAGGCGUUGCCGUCGGGUUCGUGCUGCCUCCGAUGCUGGUCCGUGCGUCGGGCACCAUUCCUGAGAUCGCGGCUGAUCUGCGACUCAUGUUCUACCUCAUCGCUGGCUUCACUAGUGUGCUGUUUGUCUUCAUACUGCUUUUCUUCAAAGCCGCGCCCCCGUCACCGCCAUCAGCCGCAGCCGACCUCGGCAACAGCCUGGACUCGAACUUCCUCCUGUCUCUGAAGAAGCUGAUCACCAACCGCAACUAUGUGCUGCUCCUCAUCUCGUACGGACUCAACGUGGGGACCUUCUACGCCAUCUCGACCCUGCUCAAUCAAGUCAUUCUUACUUAUUAUCCGGGUGCUAACAUAGACGCGGGUCGCAUCGGCCUGGUGAUCGUAGUGGCCGGCAUGGCAGGCUCUGUGGUCUGCGGCCUCAUCCUCGACAAGACGCAUCGUUUCAAGGAGACCACGCUCUCGGUGUAUGCUGCCUCAGUUGUGGGGAUGCUCAUCUUUACCUUCACUUUGGACUGCGGUUAUAUCUCUGUCGUGUAUUUGAGCAGUAUUUUGCUUGGGUUCUUCAUGACCGGCUACUUGCCCGUUGGAUUCGAGUUUGCUUCAGAAGUCACGUAUCCUGAACCAGAGGGAACCACAUCAGGCAUCCUGAAUGCCGUAGUUCAGAUAUUCGGCAUAGUAACGACCCUCUUAUACGAGUGGAUGCUGGGCACAGUAGGAGAUCGCUGGUCGAACCUGACACUCUGUGGGCUGCUGGCGUUCGGCACGGCCAUCACGGCCGCCAUUCGCUCCGACCUGCGCCGACAAGCUGCGCAGAACAACGCCAAGGAGUAGACUGUGACGUCACAUGUUCUGUUCUAAAAGUAUUUUUAAAUCAAUGCAAUUGUAAGGAGGUUUUAUUAUGUAGAAGAUUAUGAUGUUACGGUCUAACUUUCAGCCAAUCUCUUUUCUGUGUAUGUCGAUGUUGAAUUUUUCGUUGUGCAAACUGUAGGUAUACGAUCUGUGACUACAGUUUAGAAAUAGCAAAUGAUGAUAUCUAAUUAAUAAAAGUUUACCCGAGGCGAUAAUUUGUUCUAGACUAAUUUUGAGGCACACUUUUUAGUUUCUAUCAGGGAAAGAAAUUAGGUGCGAUCAAAUUGUGAUUGUGAAGCUUACAGUGGGCUAUGGCGAACUUGUCUCGAAUUCACAAAAUUUUUGAAUGCGAAGGUGUGCCUCCUCGACUUGAGGCUAAGUUCAAUGCCUCGUGGACUUUUCAUUAACAGAGGACAAAACGACGUAGGUUCUAGAUUUUAAUGUAGAGCUAGAAACUUUGAAAUCACGACAAUAAUUGUGUGACUGUAACUAUAUACGGUAGUUUUUGCCACAAACUAGAAUAAAAUGGAGAUGUAUUCACUUAUCUAUGGAUGUUGUAGUUUGAUGGAGUAUUUACGAAAAAUCAAAUUUUGGAUGGAAAUUAUCGAUAAAUAUUUUAAAUACAUGAUGUUAUUGUCGUAGCUGAUUGAUACCUAUUUGAAAUAACUAGGAGUCUUUGAUAUUAGAAAGAAGACUUAUAUUUUAUUAAAAAAAUUACGGAAGCGACUUUCUUGUGGAAUUUUAAAGUAAGUGUGGUAUUAUACUUAGUGGAUAUUAAUGAGUUCAGGAUUUAUCUCAUCUUAUUGGUGUUAGGAAAAACAUAUUUGGAAUUAUAUACUUGCAAACGGCAAUAUAAAUAAGCUAUAAUAAUAAAGAAGUUAAUAGCUCUAGGUUCUCAAAAAUUAGUACCUAGAUAUUUGUUGCUGUUGAAAAAAUGGACGUGAAUAAGUUAACUACUUAUGAUUUUUCGAAAUUAAUGAAUUGAAACUUAUUAAGAUCUCCAAAUGAUAUUUCACCUCUAAGGUUCAAUGCGCCUAAACAACAGACAAUUCUUAUAGGAUAGCAUUCUCAUUUCGAUCAAAGUGAGUUUAUGCCCAAAGAAAUAUUUAAAAACUUUCGUUUCGGCCUAAAAGGUCAGAUAAUAAAUCUUUAAUGCAUUUAGAACUGUAGAUUAUUAUAACUAGUAUAAAUAAAUAAUUUAAAUUAGUACCUAUACGUAUUUAUAUUAGCAGAGUUCUUGGCAGUUACGACAAGCAGAGCUUGACAACCUCGAGACACUGUCUGUAGAUACCUAUAUUCCUAAUUUAUUUGUGAUUUUGAAUCCUAUUGAUAUUGUGAUCUAUAAAGGUUUUAUUUACUGCUUACCUAUACUGUGUAAUCUCUUCGUGUUAAAAUUAAAAUUAGUAAUUGUACCUAUAGACGAAAAUGUGGUAUUGAAAAUGCAAGUGAACUCGUGAAAUUGUGCAGGAAGUUGGUACCUAUAUCUAAUAAACGGAAAUUGUCGAAAACCUACGUAGAUAACGUUUUUACCUAUGUACAAUGUGAUAGAGGGCAAUCCUACACGUUACUAAAAUUUGUGCCUCGCCACGACCUGAGGCAUAUUGUACCUAAAGCUGCCUCAAAUUGAGACCGUUCCCCAUCCUUCGACCAUAGACGAGUUUACUUGCAUUUUAUUUCUAAAAUAAGAAUGUGUAUGUAUGCGUGCCAAUACAUGUAGAUAAUUGUAGGUAGGUACGUGAUAUCAAUGUGAUUAUGUUGUGAGUACCCAGUAUUAAUUAAUUUAAUUAAUUGUGUAAUUAUUGUAAAAGAUCCUUUUAUACCUACCUAUGAAUUAUUUUAGACUUUAAGAUGUGCUACGUUUAUUUAUAGAUCCUAGUAGAUAAAGUUACCUAUCGUGUGUGGUUAUCGUUUUAGUUAAACGCUAUUUAAAGUGAUACGCGAAGCUUCUAAGUAUGGUGGGCUAUCGUGGCAGUUUUAAAUAAUAAAAAAAACACGCAAUAGGUUCAUGUAACUGCUAACGUUCGCUUUGAAACACUUUAGAGAACAAAGUGCAAAUUAGUUUCCUUUGUCUAUGCUUUUGCUGAGGAGUUGAUGUUUAUUUUGCUUAUUAAUGGGGCAUAGAAAGCUCUUCAAUAAAUUUUACUGAAGGUUCCUAUAAAACUUCUUUUUAACCAAAAAUGUUCAGUUUAUUUUUUGUCUACUUUUCAAGCUAGAGCCAAUUUUAAAUAUUCAACUACUCCCACUGCUUCAUAUCUUAUCAAGUUAUACCUGAAACUGAUAUAAACUGAUCUAUUAAAGUGACAACAAUAACAAAGUUUAGAAACUUUGGGAUCUUUCAGAUUGGACCGUCCGUUAGGUACCUAGGUACCUACCUAACGCACGCUAACCACGCCACACGUCUAAUUUGAAAGAACCCUUUUAAAGACAGGCAACGUAAUUUAACCGAAUAAGGCUAAUAACAAUAUUUUUGGAAGAGAUAGGGUAGUCAGACUAUGCUUAUUAUGCUUCAAGUUUCACUGUCAUUCCAAUAGAUUUAGUUAAGUUUUACUUUUUAAAUAGAUACCUAAUCAAUGUGUUAAAAUGUUAAAUAAUUGUUUAAUAAAAUCUGUUGAUGGA